AUGGAGGAGGCGGCCGAGCCGGUGCCGAGCCCGCCGCCCGCGGAGCUCAAGCGGGAGCAGGGGGAUGGGGAUGAUGAUGAGGAGGCACUACAGGUCGCCAAGCGGGGGAAGGUGCUGUGCUCCGAGUUCGCCGCCAUCACCAGUAGCGACCCGGCCGUGGCGCGCCGCUUCUUGGCCAGCAGCGACUGGCACAUGGAGAGAGCGCUGAACGCCUAUUUCGACCCGCCGCGGGACACGGAGGCGGCGGCGGGCGGGGCGGCCCCGGCCUGCGCGGACAGCGGCAGCUGCAUUGAUCUCACUGCAGAUGAAACUACAAGUCAUGCCAGUGUCAAUAGUGAAAACUCGCUCCAAAAAGAUGACAGCAACUUCUCGCUGAUCACCUGGAAUAUUGAUGGGCUGGAUCUAGGAAAUCUGAAAGAUCGAGCUAGAGGAGUCUGUACAUAUCUGGCAUUAUACAGUCCGGAUGUCGUGUUUUUACAGGAGGUCAUCCCACCACAUCUCCCUCUCCUCCAGAUGAAAGCAGGCAAUUACACUAUUAUUCCAGGUAACAUAGACGGGUAUUUCACUGCCAUAAUGUUAAAGAAAUCGAGAGUGAAGCUACUGAAACAUGAGAUAAUACCUUUUCCAACAACUACCAUGAAGAGGAACCUUUUGGUUGUGCAUGUGAGCAUAUCUGGUAUUGAACUUUGCCUUAUGACCUCUCAUCUGGAGAGCACUAAAAAUCACUCCAAGGAACGUAUAAAGCAGCUGCAGAUAGUGCUAAAUGAAAUGCAGAAGGUGUCUGAGACAACCACGGUUAUAUUUGGAGGGGAUACAAACCUCAGAGACAGCGAGGUUACUAAACUUGGUAAUCUACCUGACAACAUUAAGGAUGUCUGGGAGUUUUUGGGUAAACCUCAGCACUGCCGCUACACUUGGGACACGCAGUCCAACGACAACCUGAAUGCAGCCUACAAGUGCAAGAUGAGGUUUGACCGUGUUUACUUUCGGCCUGCAUUGGAAGAGGGACAUUUCAUUCCACGAAGCAUGGACUUAAUUGGUUUGGAAAAACUAGAAUGUGGCAGAUUUCCUAGCGAUCACUGGGGCAUUCUGUGUAAUUUUGAUGUUAUAUUAUAAAAAA